AAUAAUUGUCUUUUGCUUUUGAAUAAUAAAGAGGGCGUUCCUUGGUGAUCCUGAAGCAAGCAAGCAAAGCAAAGCAUAUGAUCCAAAAUUUGAAUCGCAAAACCCUAAUUCCAGAUCUCUCCAUUCUCUUCCUGCAACACAUCACACCUCAAAAAUCUCCUUGGUGUCUUUUACGUAUACAGACAGUACUGGCAAAAAUUUGGGAGGAAAGGCAAGAUUAUGAACAGCAUCUAACUAGUACAUAUGAUGGCUGGCCCAAAGGAUCAAAACAAAUCUGAAUGGAUAGAUAGAAUAAGAUCUGGAGGAGCCAUUCCAUUUCUUGAUCCAGGUAAGUGUUCAAAUGGCUGGGGUUCACCACCCGGAGAUGCAUUCAUGGUUAGAGGUCCUGAGUAUUUUACCACAAAGGUUAAGAUUCCGGGAAGUGAUUAUCUGCUCAAGCCUCUUGGAUUUGAUUGGAUAACAAGUUCAACGAAAAUUGGUGAGAUAUUGAAGCAUCCGAAUAGCAGAGUUAGAAAGGUGAUUGAGAAUGAGUUUCCUGAUGGUGAUAGGCCUUUUGUGUGGGCAUUUAAUCUUCAACUUCCAACCAAAGAUAAUUAUAGUGCAGUGGCAUAUUUUACAACAAAAGAGCCUAUUGCUGAGGGGUCAGUAAUGGACAGAUUCUUGAAAGGCGAUGAUGCUUUUCGAACGUCAAGACUUAAGAUGAUUGCCAAUAUUGUUAAUGGUCCUUGGAUUGUGAGAAAAGCAGUCGGGGAGCAAGCAAUAUGCAUAAUUGGGCGUGCACUUGCAUGUAAAUACUGCGUGACAGAAAAUUUCAUGGAAGUAGAUAUUGAUAUUGGAUCUUCUAUGGUUGCAUCUGCAAUAGUUCAUUUAGCAUUUGGUUACGUGACAACUUUGACGGUUGACAUGGCUUUUCUUAUUGAGGGACAAACUGAAUCAGAGCUUCCAGAAAAACUCCUGGGUGCAUUCAGAUUUUCUAACGUUGAUCCUGCUUCUGCUAGACCGAUAGAGCCGUCAUCUGUUUCCGGCACUGUUAGUUUACAAAAAUCUUUUCCAACAAGAUUGUGGAAUUCAAUUGGGCAAAUUCUGGGUUCUCAAGAAGAUGGCUCUACUUCUAACUCACAAAAUUCUAAUAAACUUGUAUAGAUAUUUUGGGUCAAGUCCAAACGUACAUAUGCAGUUUUUCCACCUCAAAUUCAAGCAAGAGCCAUAUUUCCAAAUCUAAGUUUGAAUCCAUUUCAACUAUGUGUGAUGUGAAGGUAAAAAUUUAGUUUGGAAAUGUUCCUUGCUGAAAACCAACCAAGAUCUAUAUUCAGCUUUUGGUGUGCAAACGUAAAUUGAAGGGUUUCUGAUGGCGAUCCAAACACACACGAGAGAGGAAACCUAUUCGAUAUUUGUUUCACUCAAUAGCUUGCUUGUAUUUUAGUAAAUUUAUUAUGAUAUUUAGUUGUAGGCUUGUAAACACAAACAAUUACUGGCAUUCUGUUUUUUAUAUGAUGGGAUUCUUUCUUA